AUGUUUUCAAUUCGCUCUAGUAGUACCCUUCUUUUCUUGUGCUUGUCUUUCAACCUUUCCAGCAUCUUGGCCACCACUUCACAUCUUUCACUUCGAGACCUUCGACCUCGAAUGAUGGGAGGUGGUGGUGCCCCAGGUGGUGGCGCGGGUGGUGGUGGUGGUGCCCCAAAGAAGGCUCCAGGUGGUGAUGCGGGAGGUCCUCCAAAGAAGGCUCCAGGGGGUGGUGGCCCUCCAGGGGGUGGUGCUGCUGGUGGUGCUGGUGGAGCAACGGGAGAAGCGGCAGGCGGAGGUUGUGGGAAAUAUGCGAUCGUCAGUGCCAGAGGAACCGGCGAAAAGCAAAAGAAUCCUACAGGUUAUGCUGGUUUCAUAAAGGGUCUAUUGAAGACGGCCCCAGGUGGUGUGAAUUACGAAGUUGUCUACCCAGCCACCACAGAUUAUCAGAACGGACCCAAGCAAGGUGCCACCGACGCAAUGAAAUAUAUCUCAAAGCAAAAAGGAAAAUGCCCUUCUCAGAAACUCGUUUUACUCGGAUACUCAGAGGGUGCAAUGGUAGUAGUCCAAUUAUUGGCCAAGCAAGAUUUUCCGGCAGCCUCGGUCUCUUCAGUCAUCAUGUAUGGUAAUCCUUAUUGGCAAGCAGGAAAAGCUUGGAAUUUUGGAACAGCUAAAUCUGGAAAAGGUGUAGCCGCUGCCACUGGAAUCAAGCUUCCUCCUGCUUUUGGACCAAAAACGCAAGAUAUCUGUCUGAACGGCGAUAUCAUCUGUACCGGUCAAGGAGGAAUGGGUGCACAUCUUAAAUACCCUGGAACUCAGUACGAAAAAGACGCCGUGACCUUCUCCGCCAAAAUGCUCAGUGGAGGCAGUCCUCCCGCGGGCGGUGCAUCAGGUGGUGAUGCGGGAGGUCCUCCAAAGAAAGGUGGUGCAGGUGGUCCUCCCGGGGGUGGCGCAUCCGGUGGUGAUUCGGGAGGUCCUCCAAAAAAGGCCCUAGGUGGUGGUGGCGGUCCUCCAGGUGGUGGUGCAGCCGGUGGUGGUGGUGGUGGUCCCCCCAAACCACCUGGUGGAGGCGCCGGUGCCGGUGCGAGUAAAGGCGCUGGUGAGGGAAAGGCCAUGGGUGGAAUGAAGAUGGGGGGCAUGAGGCGAACACGGUGA